AUGCUCAAGUCAACUCUCUUCUGGUUCUGUGCGCUAAUAUCUACCAUACAUGCAACUCUAGUCACAGAUGUCCAAGGAAUCGCUUUCCAAUCACCAUUCGCUGGCAAAUCUGUGUCUAAUGUGACGGGGGUAGUCACUGCAAAGACUAGCGGGGGGUUCUACAUCUCAGGCACUUCCUCCUCUGAUGUUCGGGCAUCCAACGGUCUAUUUAUAUUCUCGGAGACUACCACCGUUCUCAACAAAGUUGCUGUUGGCGACAUGGUCAGUGUAACAGGAACGGUGUCCGAGUUUCGUUCAAGCAGCGACCCAGACGAUCUCACGGCCACCGAAAUCACUUCUCCAACAGCCGCAAACGUUGUGGUAUUAUCUACAAGCAACACAGUCAGUCCUGUGAAGCUUGGUACUGAUAGAAUUCCACCGACUCAAGCACUUUCUGCUUUGGAUGUUGGCCCCGACGGAUGGCUCAGUGUACCUAACAACCAAAGUCGAGUUGAUACUGUUAAUGCAACUCUUGUGCCAGCUGACUACGGGCUGGACUUUUGGGCAAGUCUCGAGGGCCAACUCGUGACGGUUCCUUCUCCUCUCUCAGUUGCCUUUCCCAAUGAUUUUGGCGAAUUCUGGGUUGUCGGGGAUUGGCCCGUCACAGGGCUUAACAGCCGUGGAGGGCUAUCUAUCACAAUUGGCCCAGAUAAUAUCCCCGACGCCAAUCCAGAAGCAGUAAUCAUAGGUGCUCCCAUCGAUGGAACCACCAACCCUGUCGUGUCUCUCGGGGUUACGCUCUCUGAUAUCACUGGGGUAGUUCAAUACCAAUUUGGGUUCUACUACAUAUUGCCGCUGACUGCACCUAAAGUUCUCACUACGCCUACUACAACCGCUCCCCCGACCAAUAUUACAGCUGAUAUCACAGACAUCUGUAUCGUCACGUUUGGUGAUUAUAACGUAGAUAAUUUUGGACCGACUGCGACUCAACUCCCAACAGUCGCAAGUCACAUUGCAACGCAUCUGUUGAGUCCGGACAUCGUUUUUCUCCAGGAGAUCCAGGACAACGAUGGAGCAACAGAUGAUGGCGUCGUCAGCUCCAAUGUCACUCUUUCUGCACUGGUGUCCGCGAUUGCUGCUGUAAACGGCGUCACUUACGACUUUGUGGUUAUCGAUCCUGUCAAUGACGCGGAUGGCGGUGAACCAGGAGGGAAUAUUCGUCAAGCUUAUCUGUACCGCUCGCAAAAAAUUAACCUUGUGUCUGGUUCCCCAGCUGGAACGGCUACAGAGGCAAUUGCAGUGAGCAGUAGCUCCGGAGUCCCAAAAUUGAACUUUAAUCCCGGAAGGAUUGAUCCAAGCAAUGCUGCAUGGGAGGACUCUCGGAAACCUCUGGUGGCGGAAUGGCAAACUAACGGCGGAGCUACCCUUUUCACCGUGAAUUUACACUUGGAGUCAAAAGACGGAUCCUCGUCCACAGAAGGAAAUUCACGCCCACCCGUCAAUUCUCCUGUGGCGAAACGUACAUCCCAGGUUGACCUUGUUGCUGAAUUCGUACAAUCUGUGCUAGAUAUCGACAGCAAGGCCAACAUUUUGGUGGCAGGGGACUGCAACGAAUAUCUGGAGACACGCUCUGUGUUUGCAUCCUUAACGGACAUCAUGUCCGAGAUGGAUGAGUUGGCUGAUGUUGAUCCGGUAGAACGUUACACUUACGUGUUUGACCAAAAUUCAGAGCAGUUGGAUCAUGCUUUCGUUUCCACUGCCUUGUCGAACAGGCAAAACGCUAUUCAACACAUUCAUGUCAACAACUGGAUGGCGAACAUUGACGAGCGAGCCAGUGACCACGAUCCCUCGGUGGGAAAAGUUCGACUAUGUUAG